CCCAUUUCAAAACCGGACCUGCAAACUGUCGGAGUGCGCAUCAUCCCGCUGAAGCAGAAAUGCCCAAAAAGAAAACCGGUGCCAGGAAGAAGGCCGAGAACCGCAAAGAGCGAGAGAAACAGAGUCGAGCCAACCGGGAACAUGUGGAUGUGGCCAAACACCCCUGCAACUUUAACAUGGACUGUGACAAAUGUCAGAGAAAACAGAAGAACAGAGCUUUCUGUUACUUCUGUCACUCCCUGCAGAAGCUGCCUGUCUGCGCUCAGUGUGGCAAAACCAAAUGCAUGAAGUCAUCAGACUGUGUCAUCAAACAUCCUGGGGUCCACACCACUGGAAUGGCCAUGGUGGGGGCAGUGUGUGACUUCUGUGAGGCUUGGGUGUGCCACGGCAGGAAAUGUCUGAGCACACACGCUUGUGCAUGCCCCCUGACUGAUGCUGAUUGCAUCGAGUGUGAACGCAGUGUCUGGGACCAUGGAGGGAGAAUCUUUCGCUGCUCUUUCUGUCAGAACUUCUUGUGUGAGGAUGAUCAGUUUGAGCACCAGGCCAGCUGCCAGGUCCUUCAGGCAGAAACAUUCAAAUGUGUUUCCUGUAACAGACUGGGACAACACUCCUGCCUGCGCUGUAAGGCCUGUUACUGUGACGACCAUGCGAAGAGUAAGGUCUUCAAACAGGAAAAAGGCAAAGCACCGCCCUGCCCAAAGUGCGGCCACGAGACCCAGGAGACGAAAGACCUCAGCAUGUCCACUCGCACGCUAAAAUUUGGCCGCCAGGCUGGGGCCAAUUACGAUGAUGAUGACGAUUAUGAUGGAGCGUCAGGCUACGAUGCUUACUGGAAAAACUUAGCAGCAGGAGGCGGAAACCAGCAGGAUGACUACGAAGAUGACGAUUACGAGGAAGAUGAAGAUGACGAGGAGGACGAUGAUGAUGAUGAGGAGGAAGAGGAAGACGAGGAGGAGGAAGAGGGCGAAGUUGACAAGGCUGCUGAUUCUGUGGCUGGUCUUAGAGUGGACGGAUCUGUGUGAUCUGAAUAGAUCUCAUUGAUCCAGAAGAUCCUCAGAAGAGGAUCCCAUGUUACACAUCAGGAAUGAACAGGAAGAUACUUAAGAUUAAAGGAAUAUUGUUGGCCUAAUUAGCACUGUGUGUCAAUAUACAGUGAUUAUGCUAUUAUGCUCUUUAUAAACCUUACUCAUUUAAAUCUUAAAUCAGCCAUACAAGUAACAACCAUGAUAAAAUAAAGGGUUUAAGUAAUUGUUAUUUUUAUUAAAACUGACAGUUCAAUGUUUGAAUAAAGUUAAGUGGUUAAUGAAAAUAACCAGAAGUUUAA